GGAGGGAGGGUUGUUCGCAGGAGCUUCUGGGAAGCCCUCGACAGCCAUUUUCUGCAAUUGUGUUUUCCAGCGAGAGAGGAAUAUCUGCUGUUUUUGCUCGGAAAGAGGCUCGGACGGAGGGGAACCAAGAGCGAAUAGUUGCUAGGAUUGAUUGCGAGGAGGGAAGAUGGCUCGUACCAAGCAAACUGCCCGCAAAUCCACUGGCGGUAAAGCUCCAAGGAAGCAGCUGGCAACCAAAGCAGCACGAAAAAGUGCCCCAUCCACUGGUGGUGUGAAGAAACCUCACCGUUACCGCCCAGGUACUGUGGCUCUCCGAGAAAUCAGACGUUAUCAGAAGUCGACUGAACUUCUGAUUCGCAAACUUCCAUUCCAGCGUCUCGUUCGUGAAAUUGCUCAGGACUUCAAGACUGACUUGCGCUUCCAAAGUGCAGCCAUUGGUGCUUUACAGGAAGCAAGUGAAGCUUAUCUGGUGGGACUGUUUGAAGACACCAACCUCUGCGCUAUACAUGCCAAGCGCGUGACAAUCAUGCCAAAGGAUAUACAGCUUGCUCGUCGCAUCCGUGGGGAGCGUGCUUAAACACCCACUUGUCAUUGGGGUGGGGGGAAGUGAAUGAGGAGAGAGCUGCCAUUUAACUUUCCCUGGUUUGAAAAAAAAAAUUGUCAUAACUUUCAACCACCCUCAAAAUAUCUUGAAAGUUUAACUUAAAUUGGUAUAAUCUUCCUGUCUGGUAGUAGUCGGUGGCUGCUUAUUUUAUUCUUUCGGGGGGGGGGGGGGUAGAGUGUAACCAUUGGAGAGGACAAGAGUGUGGAAUCUGGGGAUGAAGGGCUGUGGAGAAUAGGGGAAGAAAGAGGUUGAGACAUGGGGAGAAGUGUGUGUUGAACCUUGGAGCAUUAAUCAGUGGGGUGGGAUACUGUAAUUCUAGAGACUUUAAAUGCGCUGGGGAGCAGGUGCUAGAAUCUCACAGGCACCUGGUGGAUAUUCUUAGUUUUAAGCGUACAUAAUUUUUUUUAUUUCUCUGGAAGGAUGAAAUUAAAGUGGAUUUAUGAAUUUGAUUUUUUUCUCCCCUUCCCAGUUUCCAGCAGUGCAGCUUUGAAAAUACUUUAAAAUGACUUUUGAACAGCGCCAGCAUUUUUUUUAUAUAUAGGACAAACAAAUUUCUUAUCAGAUCUGAAAUAUAAAAUUUAAUAUUUUUCAUAAAGUAGAUCCCAUUGUUUGCUUUACUUUUUAUAAGAAAUGUUUUUGGUGUAUUUAGUAACUUUUUAAAUAUUUGUGUGUACCUUUCUGUUUCUGGUAAGGUUUUCCUAUUAAAGUAUUUGAAAGAG